AUGCAAUUAUAUUUAGUUACUACUUUGCCAUUGGCUUGUUCAUCUUACACGACGAUAAAUGAUUCAACACGAAGUACGUCUUACACAAAUUCCGCCGGAUGUGAUAAUACUGUAUUCGGUUCAAGUGGAACAUGGGUUCGAUUCACUGGUGUGGGUGGGACUCAAAUACCUACAUCACCACCUGCUACUAAUAGAUGUGGGACAGAUGCGACAGGAUGGUAUAACGGCUUCAUGCCAAAUGCUAGCACAACUAUUAAUGGAACAGUAUGCUAUAAUUGGUCUGGAAGUACUUGCAACUGGAACACUGCUAUUCAAGUAACUAAGUGUAAUUCCUUUUAUAUUUAUAAUUUGAUCAAUGUACCUAUCUGCAAUUUACGUUACUGCACUGUUUAA